GAGCCCUUGUAACUCAUCACGUGUCUGAAAGGGUUCCAUUAGAACGAACAAUUUGAAAAUGCUGAUGAAACAUACUUCUCAACCAUCCAGAAAUGAAAUAAUUGGUUUAGUAUUUCGAGUUACAUUAUUCGGUGCUCUAACGUAUUUCGGUAUCAAAUGGAUAGUAAAUGCCCUCGACCCCACCAGAAAACAGAAAUUAGAGUCAAAGAAAAGGGCUGAAAGUAUUUUAAGUAAAAUAGGAGUGCAGAAUGUAAAACUAUCAGAAUAUGAACUGUCCAUAGCAGCACAGUUAGUUGAUCCAAUGAACAUAGAUAUCUCAUGGAAUGACAUUGCUGGUUUAGAUAACAUCAUUCAAGAAAUUAAGGAAACAGUUAUUUUACCCAUUCAGAAGAGAGAAUUGUUUGUUGGGUCAAGAUUAAUACAACCUCCAAAAGGUGUGUUACUUCAUGGUCCUCCUGGUUGUGGUAAAACUUUAAUAGCAAAAGCUACAGCCAGAGAAGCUGGUGCUCGAUUUAUCAAUUUAGAAGUAUCUGCACUUACUGAUAAAUGGUAUGGUGAAUCUCAGAAAUUAGCUGCUUCAGUAUUCACUUUAGAAAGUAUUUUAAGUAAAAUAGGAGUGCAGAAUGUAAAACUAUCAGAAUAUGAACUGUCCAUAGCAGCACAGUUAGUUGAUCCAAUGAACAUAGAUAUCUCAUGGAAUGACAUUGCUGGUUUAGAUAACAUCAUUCAAGAAAUUAAGGAAACAGUUAUUUUACCCAUUCAGAAGAGAGAAUUGUUUGUUGGGUCAAGAUUAAUACAACCUCCAAAAGGUGUGUUACUUCAUGGUCCUCCUGGUUGUGGUAAAACUUUAAUAGCAAAAGCUACAGCCAGAGAAGCUGGUGCUCGAUUUAUCAAUUUAGAAGUAUCUGCACUUACUGAUAAAUGGUAUGGUGAAUCUCAGAAAUUAGCUGCUUCAGUAUUCACUUUAGCUGUAAAAAUACAACCAUGUAUCAUAUUCAUUGAUGAAAUAGAUUCAUUUUUAAGAUCUCGUGAUCGUAAUGAUCAUGAAGCCACCGCAAUGAUGAAAGCACAAUUCAUGAGUCUUUGGGACGGACUCAUAACUACUCCCCAUUGUCAAGUUGUUAUAAUGGGAGCAACAAAUCGGCCUGAGGAUGUAGACAGAGCAAUUCUCCGUCGCAUGCCUGCCAUGUUCCAUGUUGGUUUACCUAAUUUGUCCCAAAGAAAAGCAAUUUUGCAUUUGAUAUUGGAAAAUGAAGUGAUAUCAGAUGAUGUAAACACAGAAUAUCUUGGUAAAUUGACCGAAGGCUAUUCUGGAAGUGAUCUCAGAGAACUUUGCCGAACAGCUGCAUUAUAUGGAAUACGAGAGUACCUGAGAGAUGAACCAACUGAUCGUAAUGAGGAAGAAGCAUAUCAUGAUGCUCUUCGUCCCAUCUGCAUGGAAGACUUCACUAUGGCAUUAAACAAAAUGAAAGAUUCUAAAAUUACUGCUAGGUUAAUGAAGCCAUUGCCCGUAGAUCUAGAUUAAAUCAAAAAUCUUUUCUGCAAUGAAAACCAUUGAUUAGAUUUUUUAAUACUAAGAUGAUGUGUAUGUGAGAUUCUAUUUGGUUUUCUAGAUUAUACAGGUGUUGCCACUUUGUAUCUGAGAACAGUUUUAGAUGCUGAAGGCAGGCUGUUGUCAGUUGACAAUUAGAAAUAAUUUAUGCACUCGUGUGUUGCACGGUCUUGUAGAAAAAAAAUCUUCCAUCUGUAAAAAUGGUGAGUUUUUAUCAAAAUUAAUUACAUACAAAUUUUUUAAUUUUAACAAACUUACUGAUAAUGGAAAUUUUUCCAUUUCAAACUUGGAAAUAAACAGGAAAGAUUAGAAAAGGGAACAAUUUUAUUAAUACAAAUUUAUCUUCAAAAAAAGAUUUAUUUUCAGUCAUAUUUUCAUUAAGGAUUGGUUCAAUCAGGGAGUGCAGUUUGAGCUGAUGUGAACAAAUGUUAAAGACAUUAAAAUUGAAAUUUGAUUUCUUCCACAUUAAGUAAAUGUGUUUAUUAGUAAUAGUAAUGCCAAGAUGCUAAGAGAGUUAAAUAAAAUAUUAAUUUUUA